AUGCGGGCCCUCAGGAGCAUUGAUGUGGACACCUUUUACGACCUGACUGAACCUGCAAUCCAGCACGUGCUCCUGAGUGACUUCCUGAACCUUCAACCGUUCUUUUCAAUGCUCUCCCCUCCUUGCACACACCUCUCACAGUAUAUGUUCAGCAACUGGGGCAAAAUGGACCCACUCACCAAGUAUGACUUGUUGCACAAGGGCAUUGGGCACAUUGAUGUUUCCUGUUGGAUUUCAACCAUUCAGGCAGCAACCAAGUCGUACUAUUGCAUCGAGAACCCUGAAGGAUCACAAGCCUGGAACCGUGCAAAUGUGUCCUGUCCACAGUCAGAAGGGCUUACUAUUGUUAUAUAA